UCAGUCCAGUUUUGCGCUCUUCGUGGAGAGAGCUUGUUGGGAAGUUUCUCUGAGUGAGUCAACACGGCGCAGGGAGGACGCCACCCAGCCCUGCCCCUGGAUCCAAUGCUGGGCUCCCAUUCCCUCCCGAGGACGCGGGACACAAAGACAACUCCAGUUUGAUCUCUCCACGCAACGCCGGGGAUGAUCUUUUUAACCUUUGCUCGUCGGGGAUGGUUAUUCUUGCGUUGACGCGGCGCGCUUUUCCCUGUUGGAUUUAAAACACGGCAAAAAAAAGGAGCAUGAAAGUGACGGUGUGUUUCGGGAGGACCCGGGUGGUCGUUCCCUGUGGAGAUGGAAAUAUAAAAGUCCACAGCCUUAUCGAGCAGGCGGCCAUGAGGUACAAAAAGGCGAUCGCCAAGGAUCCCAGCUACUGGGUCCAGGUCCACAGGUUGGAACAUGGAGAUGGAGGCAUCUUGGACCUGGAUGAUGUGCUCUGUGACGUGGCGGAUGACAAAGACAGGCUGGUGGCUGUAUACGAAGAGCAGGAUCCUCACAAUGGAGGUGAUGGUACCAGCGCCAGCUCCACGGGCACGCAGAGCCCUGAGCCCUUUCCCGGAGAGUUGAGCUCGGCCAAUGUGGCGUCGGCCUUCCAGCCCUACCAGAACAACAGCGAGAUCGAGGUCACCCCGUCUGCCCUGCGAUCCAACAUGCCUCUCCAUGUCCGACGCAGCAGUGAUCCCUCCUUGGCCGGCCUCCCUCUGGUAGAAGGCCAGGUUGGUGCAGAGGAACCCUCCAGGAAGAACCCGACCCGCUGGUCCUCCGCUGCCGGCUUCCGCAAAUACAACCACAACCACAGUCAAAACCCCAACGCCGGCGCCGGCAGCCUGGAGCGAAAGGGCAGAGGAGGCCAUGCCUACAGGAGUCUACCACGCGAUGCAAGCGGUUGGGCCUCUCAGUUCCAGAGGGAGACGGCUCGAUCCUCCCUCAGCACCAAUCAUCCCAUGGUGGACCGCUGGCUCGACCGACAAGAGCAGGAGGAAGAGGAGGAAGAGGUGCGAAGGAAAGAAGAAGGAAGGAAUGGACGGAUAGAGCCAGUGGGAAGGGCCGAUUCCUCAAUGGAACAUUCCCCUGUGUUAAGUCUGGAUGGCAUGCUCAAGCCAGUCGAGGUGUCCAACCAAGGAGGGCCCCUGGGGAUCCACGUAGUGCCUUUCAGUUCACAGGAUGUCAGGACUCUGGGAUUGCUAGUGAAGCGUCUGGAGCGUGGUGGCAAAGCUGAGCAGGAGGCUCUUUUCCAGGAGAAUGACUGCAUCGUCAAGAUUAAUAAGGGAGACAUACGCAACCUGCGGUUCGAACAAGCCCAGAAUAUAUUCAGGCAGGCCAUGCGCUCACCGGUCAUCCUCUUCCAUGUGGUUCCUGCCGCCAUGAAGAGCCAGUAUGAGCUGUUCUCGGCCCAGAGUGAGCUCAGCCCGCCCCCGUCCAACAGGGUCCGCUUCAGCCAAGACCCCCCGCAGUCAGGGGACCGGUCCAGUGUGGUUGGGGGGCUCCCGUCCCGCUCUGGGCCUCAACCCAGCUUCAACCAAAACCACCAAGGUCCUCUGGCAGGGAGCACGCCAGAGCCAAAUCGCCGCUACGCCACAUUACCCCACAGGACCUCAUCAGCCCCUUCUCCCUCCCUGCAGCGCAGGGUCAGCGCAGACCCGUCCACCAGCUCCUACUUCAAGAAAACUGGACGCAGACUCAACAUCCAGCUGAAGAAAGGGCCAGAAGGUCUUGGGUUCAGCAUCACAUCCAGAGACGUCCCCAUCAGCAGCAGCGCUCCCAUUUACGUCAAAAACAUUCUUCCCCGAGGGGCUGCCAUCCAAGAUGGCCGACUAAAGGCUGGUGAUCGGCUGUUAGAGGUGAGUGGUGUGGACCUGAGCGGUAAGAGCCAGGAGGAAGUGGUGGCCCUGCUCCGUGCCACACCAAUGGGCGGGACAGUGAGCCUGCUGGUGCUCCGCCAAGAGGACCCCCUGCUGCCCCGAGAAGUGCAGCCAGACGAAGAUGACUUAAUGCUAACCCCUGACGGUACGCAAGAGUUCAUGACCUUAGAGAUCCCCCUGAAUGACUCUGGCUCAGCAGGCCUGGGGGUCAGCGUGAAGGGCAACCGGUCCAAGGAGAGCCACGCUGACCUGGGCAUCUUUGUCAAGUCCAUCAUCAACGGAGGGGCCGCCUGCAAGGACGGACGCCUGCGUGUCAACGACCAACUCAUCGCAGUCAACGGGGAGUCAUUGCUGGGGAAGACCAACCAAGAAGCCAUGGAAGCACUGCGCAAAUCCAUGUCGAUAGAGGGCAACAAGCGAGGGAUGAUCCAGCUUAUUGUGGCCCGGCGGGUAGCCAAAAACAAUGAGGAGGCCCCUGGCAGCCCUCCAGUGUUGGAGCACUCUCUGACCUCUCCACUGGAUGACCGUGAGCGUCGAAUCUCGCACUCCCUGUACGGAGCCAUCGAGGGUCUGGAUGAAAUCCCCACACCUCGGGCUAACAUGAUUGGACGUAUAGGUAACUACCAGCUCUCCCCGACAGUCAACAUGCCCCAGGACGACAUUGUGAUGAUCGAAGAUGACAGGCCGCCCCUGCUUCCUGCCCACCUCUCCGACCAAUCAUCAUCCAGUUCCCACGAUGACAUGGGCUUUGUUGGAGAGAACCCGACGCCGUGGAUCCACGAGCUGCCUGGUCAGAAUGAAUGCUCACUCAGCCCAGAUGUGGACCCGGACAGCUCAUUUCAGAGGGAGGGCUUCGGCCGUCAGAGCAUGUCAGAGAAACGCACCAAGCAGUUCGAUAACGCUGCUCAGUUGGACAUCAUCAAGACGCGCAAGUCCAAGAGCAUGGACCUAGGUUCUUCAGAACAAGAGGUCGGACCCUCGCUGGGCCUGAAAAAGUCCAGCUCCUUGGAAAGUCUCCAGACGGCUGUUGCGGAGGCGACGCUCAACGGUGAUGUCAUUGUCCACAGGACACGCCCUCGAAUCGCCAGGGGCCGCGGAUGCAACGAGAGCUUCCGAGCUGCAAUCGACAAGUCAUAUGAAAAAUCUGGUGUCAUUUCGACAGAAGAGGACAACAGCAUGGACACAUGUGAGUGUCCAGUGGAUGAAGACACGGAGGGAAGUUCCAGAUCGGGCCGAGACUCCAUGUCCACCAGCGCUGACCUCAUCAUGGGCGCGGGGCCGAACAGCAACCCCUCCAAAGACGACAGAUGGAAAGAGAGGGGGAAAGACGGGGGGAAGGAGAAGAAGAAACCUGAGAGGGAUAAAGAGAAGGACAAAGACAAAAGCAAAGCUAAGAAAGGCGUGCUGAAGGGCCUGGGCGAGAUGUUCAGGUUUGGAAAGCACCGGAAGGAUGAACGGCCAGGGGACAGGGUGGAGAGGAAGGGCUCCAGUAAAUCUAAAGCCGAGGACAUGCAGGCGUCAGAAGAGGAGACCCUACGGAUGAGGCAGGAACAAGAGAGAAUUCAGGCCAAGACCAGGGAGCUUCGCGAGAGGCAGGCGAAGGAGAGGGAGUAUGCCGAGAUCCAAGACGUCAUUGGCCGCACCUUUAGCUCCGACGAGGAGCACACCUAUGCUGGCAUCGGAUCCCUGGACUCGUCGGUGGACAGUGGCUCUAUGGACCCCUACAGCAGCCUCCACCACCACUACCAUCUGCCUCAGAGCCCCCAGAGCCCCCACCUCCCCCUGGGCCUUCAGGACAACGGUCAGCCCCUGGAGGCUCUGUACGCCCAGGUCAACAAGCCCCGCAAUGGACGCCCUCCUGCCACAGACAGCAGUCAAAUGACUCCCAGUAACCAUGACCGGAUACAGAGGCUGAGGCACGAGUUCCAGCAGGCCAAGCAGGAGGAGGAUCCAGAGGACCGUCGACACACAUACGGCUUCGACCAGCCCUGGGCCAACAAUGGGUCGGAGAGCGGACGCCAUUCAGUGACGGUGGAGAGUCAGGCCCAGAAACAGCAGCAGGAGGACAAAGAUGGCUUCCAGCAGGCGCAGAGACAGUACAGCUCGCUGCCGCGGCAGCCUCGCAAGAACCCCAGCACGGUGUCCCAGGACUCCUGGGACAAGGUGUACCCGCCGGGAGAGGGCUUCCAGACAGCCAAGGACAACCCCCGCUACUCCAGCUACCAGGGCUCCCGUAACGGUUACCUGGGAGCGUCCGGCUUCAACGCUCGCGUCCUGCUGGAGACUCAGGAGUUACUGAGGCAGGAGCAGAGGCGGCGAGAGCAGGAGGCCAGCAAGACCCGGCUGCCCCCCACGCAGGAAGCCCCCGCCGGGAGCACCUACGACCCCCACAGAGACCACACUCAGGCCCCAGGCUCUACCCCGGGCCAGGCCCCACCUCUUCCAUCCAAGGGCCCCUACCGACAGGACGUGCCCCCGUCCCCCUCACAGCUGGCCCGGCUCAGCAGGCUGCAGGGCUCGGAGAAAGGGAGGCCGUUUUACUCCUGAAACGGCAGGAGUAGCAGGACCGGAGGAGAAAGUAGCGGUUUUAAGGAGCAAUAAUGCGGGGGACAAGAAUGGAAACGAGUCGAGAUACAAAGAUUUUUAUGGGACUGUUGAUAUGAAAUGUUGAUAUUUUUUAAAAAGUAUAUAUGUUUUUAACGGUAUGAAUCAUGAUCCUGUUCAGUUGUUUUAUCAAAACGUGAUGAUUUGAGAUCUUUCAUGGAGCAACAUUAUGAUCAUCUGUGUGUAGAAGUGCCUUCUAGUCCAUUGUUGGCUUGCUGUUUUUUUUUUUGUUUUUUUUUUGACCCCCACCUCCCACUUCUUUCUAUGGCACAUAAACUGCAGCUUGGAUUCAUCCGACGCCCGCCACAGGAGAGGCAGAUCGUGCGCUGACACAUCUUGACAGUAUUCUGACCUAAACAUCACAAGCCCAAGCACAAGACACAGCCCAGGCUUGCUGUUUUUUUUUUUUUUUUUUUUGCACUGAGCAGGUGCUAGCUGGGAUCUCAGGCAGCGUCCUUGUGUGAACGCGGUUUUAUUUUUUGCAGCUCACGGGGAGUUUGUCAAGCGUUUGGCUGUCUCCACGUGUGGACAUGCAAGUGUGUAUUUGUAUAUAUACAUGUGUUUGUGUGUGUGUGUGUGUGUGUGUGUGUAGGCUGGCAUACUGAGGUGGAGGUUAAGCAGCUUGUCUGAACUGUGGAAUGAGAGCUUGGUUUGGGCAUGACACCCCGUCCCCUCCUCUCCUCUUCUCACUUCACAGCUGACCACAGUGCAAUGCCCCCGUUGGCUUCACAUACACCACUAGCUCAUAUUCUCAUACUCUGUGUCCUCCUCCCACCCUCCCACCCCCUUCUCUGCUUUUCUCAUGCAGCAUGCAAAAUCACAGUUCAUGUUUUCUUUUUUUUUUUCCUCUCUGUCCUUUUGCCUUACACACACCCUAAAGACACAUGGGGAGAAACAAAUACAUGCAGGAGGGAAAAAAAUGGAUGAAAAAGUAAAUAUAUGCAUACUCUUGCAUUCUCUCACAAAACUUUUGCGUUCUCUUGAGUGUUUUAGCUUCUCCCAAGAAACAUUUGAGGAACAUGUAUAUACAGUAAGUCUUUAUAUGUUAAUCCAGGAUUAAAGUAAAACUUUACAAGCCUCUUCCUUGUUUACACUAAGUGACGAACGUGCAGUGACUCAGACUACUUUGACAUUUCCACACGGGUCUAAAAAUAAAAAGAUGAAAAACAGGUUUCACCGGAGAGCGCAAAAUUUUGCAAGAGAACAUAAAAGUAUUUCAUUUCUUUCUUUUUUUCUUCCUUCUGUUUUUCUUUUCCCUGUGUGUCUCCUUAGGGGCGCCGUGCAUUCUCACCCUCAUUGAGGCAAAAAAAAAAAAAAAAAAAAAAAAAUCCUUCUCUUGUCAUUCCUAACCUGUCCCACCCACCCAGGGAAUUCACUUUUAUAAAUGGGGUCAGGUCCGGGUUAUUAAUUAAUGCGUCUCAUGAAACAUGGAUGUUUCCCUUUGUGUGUAUGUGUGUGUUGUGUCGACGUGGCGAGGAGAAAGAGGCCAUCGGCGUCCUCGCCGUCGCGGCUCCGUCCCGGGCCUCAGCCUCAGAGUGACUCGGCUGUAACCAGAGCCUCCCCCGGUCCUCCCCGGUGUCUGAGCUGCUCCGUGCUGAAUAUUUCAUCAGGGUGGUUACAUGGGAAAAACCACAUAGGCCGUGCGGCGGGCGGCCCUCAGCGUGGGACCGCCUGUCCGCAGCCCCAGCACAAUAGAGCUGAUUUUGUUUUUAUUCCAUGAUUAUGCCUAUUGAUAGAAAACCACUCGGGAGCUUUUUCAUCUUUCAGUCAAUAAUUAGUGGUGUGUUUCUGAAAGGAGAGAGGAGGAGAGGAGGGGUGUAUAUGUGCGGCCGUGUAAAAUAUGCGUGCUUCCUCGGGGUGAAAAAUAUCUUUAUUCAUCUAUGUUUGAUGUUCCAGUGCGUGUGCGUGCGUGCAUGUGUGUGUGUGUGUGUGUGUGUAGGUGGACAUGUGUUUUAGUGUCUGCGAACAGUGCCAGUAACUGGAUGCUCCAAUAUGUCUUUGAAUAUGUCUUGGCAGCCAUAUGAACCACUUGGCUUGUUGAGUGGGAGACGAGAAGAGGAGUGGGAGGGAGUGAAGAUGGGAGGCCUGACCCUGCAGAUGAUUCAGUCAAUGGAGUAAUCGCAGCUAUUCCUUCGAGUCUGCAGCACAAACACAAGGUUACGCACUCGGCAGCGUUUUUGUCUUCGCUCCCUCCCUCGCUCCCUCCCUCGCUCCCUCUCCCUCUCCCUUUCCCAUCAUUUCAGUCUUUCGUCUGUCUGUCCGCUUUGCCAGGGCAGAGCUGCGAACGAUGCGCUCCGACACAGCAGCAGCUGAUUUCCCGGCUUUUUUUUUUUUUUUUUUUUUUUUUUUUUUUUCCCACAUUUUAAUGCCUCUGGGUGGGGUUCAAGUGCCUGCAAUAUCUAAUGAUGAUAGUUGUUUUCUUUCUUUUUCUUUUUUUUUUUUUUCUCACACGCAAAUUUGAUAAUAUCUCAUAAUGCACGUGUUUAUUAUUGUGUUGUGUAAUUAAUGUCCGUGCACGCCUCUGUGACACAUCAAAUCUUCCCACAAAGCUAUUGUUUUGGUGUUUUUACCCUGGGAGAAAUGAGAAUUAUAUUGUUAUUGUUUCAUUGUAUUUUUAUGACCAUCCCUCAUUGUGUUUUAUUAUCCACAAUAUGGUACUGUGGUGGUAAAAAAUGACUAAUAUGUAAGCACGGUGCAAUUUUCCUUUUUACAUCAGUGUAUCAUUAAGAACUGUCUCUGCCCAUCUGUGUAUAUACGAUAUAAACUUUUACAAUGAAUAAA